AUGCUUUCCCUCCCGCUUCAAACAAACCACGCUAGUUUGAAUACCCAAGCCGGGGAAGCCACCUCACGAGGUGACCAGCUUCAGGCCGAUAUCCUUGCUAGAGGUCCCCGGGAAGUUGACAUCACCAAGGCCUUUGAUAAGGUCUGGCAUGACGGUCUCAAAUACAAAAUAACACAAUUUCAACUGCCUCCACAUCUUACACGCCUCUUAUGCAACUUCCUGGACGACAGAACGGCCAACAUCCGAGUUGGGUCUUGUCUGGGCCCACCAUCCACCUCAGAAGUGGAGUUCCACAGGGCAGCGUCCUCUCGUCAACCCUCUACACCCUAUACAUUACCACCUCCAGCGCCGUACAGCUACUAA